UCUCUGCAGCGAGAAAAACUUGCCGCCGCCGGUUCGUUACGUAAACAAUUGUUCACCUCUUGCAUUCAAGAUAUUUCGUUUUUCAAAUACAUAAUCAGAUGAUCAAAGAAAGCAUUUAGAAAAUCCGAUCAGCAUCUUUCUCACAAAUACGCACGCACUGAGAGCGGCGCGUGCUUACAGCGAUGACAAAUCCCAGCGGAAGUUCCGCCUCUCCGUCAUCUACGGCAGCUGUUGUCCCCAUAAUGUGACCUCGAUCUCGCCAGUCUCACGGUCAGGUCUGCUUUCCACACAGCCAUAUUGCGGCUGUCGUUGUCGUGUCUAGCCGUUGCUCCUGUUGAAAGGCUGGUUUGUAUGAAGUGUCCACCACACGCACCAUGUUCCGUGGGCGCCGACCUCGCGGUUCGUUUCUAGCCCGAUCCAUGUUUUGUGCGUAACCCUGGCAAGGGACGUAAGCGCUGCAGUCCAGUUAAACCUGUGAUUACUCAUGCACGUCCGAUGAUCCAAGCGAGUAGAAGUUGGGCAACUAAAAACAGUGUGAAGUGAGGAUCAAGCCAGCCAGCUUGAUUCGUUUGAGGGAAGUCUGGGACUUUCCUCGUGUCCACAGUGGAUUUUGUGCCAGUCUCCAUGCUGAGAACUCUUAUCUCCACCCAACAGGUAACAAGUGUCAGUUUUCACAGCAUGACAGCAAGUGAACGGUUUUGGGACAAGACGUAAUUUGUGAACAAGCAGCAAUGGCGGUGACGUCCAAACAGUUUGCAAACAUCAAUCCUUAGUCUCAGUCCCCUUUACAGCCACAACUUUCAGGCUAGAGAAUAUAAUGGCUUUUCUUGGACGGGAUUCUAAGAAGGAAAGGCAUUCGCCUGAGGAGCUGCUCCCACUGACAGGAUCAGUUCAGACCAGCCUAGAACAGGCAGACCUGGGAGAAGCAGAUGGGAGGGGUCAGUCUGAAGAAGAAGAGGCAUUGUUGCUGCCCCUCCAGAGAGGUGCAGGUGGUAGCCUGCACAUGGCAGCUACGGAGCCUGCAAUAUCAUGGCAGCCCAACUUGCUGUAUGAUAUCGGACAACAAGGUGGGGGAACAGAAGAAACUCCCCUUCAUCAGUCAUUCUCUCAUGACGACAUGGAGAAAAUGUUCCUGAAGCCAAACACCUUCAGUGUUGCUGAGCUCUUAGCAGGAUCUGAACCUGUGGAAGCCUUCGGCUUUUGAAAGAUUGCCCAGCAAGCCAUCGCUGUCAGAGUAUUAUCAUGUGGAUGAGUCAGAUUAUGCAAAUCAUCGGCGGUUUUCUUACCCCCACACCCAUCAGCCUUUGCGCUCCAUGUCCAGGGGAUCACUGAAAGGCACCAGUAAAACUGCUGCACUUAAAAAGAAAAAGAAGAAGAAGAAAAAAAAGAAAGUUCGGACCUAUCCCUCUCGCAAUGCUGUUCAGAGCCCACCAAUCCCAGAGGAAGAAGAGAUAGAUGAGGAUGAGGAUUAUGAUGAGACCACAGAUGAUGGGGAUGAAAGUUAUGAAGACAUGGAUGAGAGAGGUGUAGAUGAAGAAGGCGAAUUUAUUGGCAGUGUGCCUCAGGAGUCCCCACUUCAUGUUGUGCCAACAUUUUCAGAUGGUUCUUUAGACUACCAUCAAAGUAGUCGCCCAAGUGGGGCAGAAAGUCCAGUCGGCUUUUACAUUGGAGGAGAACUUCUGGAAGGCCCUCUUGAUGAAGAUGAAGCAGGUCUUGGGUUCCAUGAAAUCACCUCUGAAGAACUUUUACGUGUACCAUCCGUGGCAGCACAGAAAUUCAGACGCAGUGUGUCAGGGGAGCCAACAGCUACACCCAUGUUUGGAGAAGUGUCUGAAGAACCACGCCAGUCAGAGCAUGCAGCUUCCCUCUUUAUGCCUUCUGAAGACCCGUCAUCAACAUCACUCAAUCAAAAAGCCACUGUCAAUGAUGACAAGGUUAAGUUCACAGUGGGUGCUGAUAGUACCUACCCAAGUGUAGCCAAAAUGGAAGAAGUCCAGCAGGACAGUGUGUGGACCCCUCGCGCAGACGAUGAGGUCUCAAGCACCACUGAUGAGACAAGUAACAGCAAUGCUGGGCCAGCCACUGCGUCUGAAAUGAAGCGAGUGUCCAGUACGGACAGUGCCCGCUCCACACGGUCCAAGCACCACCACCAUCAUCGCAAAGAACACUUCCGUCAGGAGGAUCUUAAUCUUCGCCGUCAGAAGGGCAGUGAAGUGCAUUUGAAUGAUGCCUUGAAACAUUACCCAACUGAGGUGGAAGAAGCUGCUUUUCUACAUAAGGCUGAUCUUGAUGAGAUGUCCAGCCAUAGGUUUGCUGAUGUGCCUGGCUUGCGUCGACCCAGGAUUAAGAAGCGAAAGGCUUUGCAUUCUGUGGUUCAUAUUGGCAAAUCACACAAGGAGAAACGGGAAAGAGUGAAAAAGAAACAGUUUGAUCACAGUCCACAUGAGGUUUUUGUGGAACUAGACGAACUGCACAUGGGUGGGGAAGUGGAGCUGGAGUGGCGAGAGAAGGCUCGCUGGAUCAAGUUUGAGGAGGAUGUUGAAGAGGGUGCUGAGCGCUGGGGGAAGCCACAUGUGGCCUCCUUGUCAUUCCACAGUCUCUUAGAGCUACGCAGAGGUUUGGAACAAGGAGUGUUGCUGUUUGAUUUGGAGGCCUCAGAUGUGGCAACUAUUGUAAAUGCUGUGGUGGAGCAAAUGGUUGUGAAUGACCUUCUGAAGGAAGAAGACCGUGGCAAACUUAUCCGAACACUUCUGCUGAAACAUAGGCAUGUGAGUUCCAGGCCAGCAUUUUUGCAGCGGACAAAGUCGUAUUCAAAUCUGGUAGGACUUGAUAGCAACGAACGACAGAGGCACCAACGGGAGAAAACGCUGAUGCCAAAAACCUUGUCAUUGGCUAGCUUUGGGUCCAGCAUGGGUCUCAACCGCUCGGACAAGUACAGCUCCAACCACCAGCUAAACAGUGAUGGCCGGCAGCGAGAUGACAAAGUCAAGGCAAAACUUGAGAUUGUCAAGGUGGAUGUGGAUAACAAUAUGGAGUUGACAACACCCAAUUCUGUCCCUUCUGGGAAGGACACCUCACCUGAAGCAGUGAUUUUUAGGGAAAGUUUUAUUCACUUCACUGAUAAAAUGACGGAUGGUGUCCACAUUGGCCUGGUGCCAGUUCAAGAGCAACAAAAAAAGCAUGUGCAGGACAUCAUGCGACGCAUCCCCGUUGGGUCAGAGGUGAGCACGGUGUUGGUGGGGAAGGUAGAGUACAUGACUCGCCCGGCCCUGGCCUUUGUGCGUCUGUCACAAGGAGAGUUUCUUGAGAAUUUGACAGAAGUGCCACUGCCUGUGCGCUUUGUCUUCAUAGUGCUUGGACCGGACACAGCUGGCAUGGACUACCAUGAAGUAGGCCGCUCCAUCUCAACACUCAUGUCAAAUCAGGCCUUCCAUGAAGUGGCUUACAAAGCAGAGAGCCGAGACGAACUUCUUCAUGCCAUCAACCUGUUUCUGGAUGAUUCCAUUGUGCUGCCUCCAGGUGACUGGGACCAAAGGACUCUUUUGCCCAUUAUGGAUAUGGCUCGCAAGCGGGCUCAUUUACGCCGAAGGAAAAAACAGAAGGAGAAAGAAGACAUGGAGAAGAGCUUGGGAAGGCGCACUUCCGUGGUUUUUCGAACUCUAGAUAGACUUAGUGCAACUUUGCUGGAGAAGGGCUCCCCAGACAUACCAUCAGACCCUUUGCAACGAACUGGUUGCAUUUUUGGUGGUCUCAUCAAUGAUAUCAAGCGCCGGUAUCCAUACUACAUCAGUGACUUUCGUGAUGCUAUGAAUAUCAAGUGUAUAAUGGCCAGCAUCUUCAUCUUUUUUGCUUGCGUUUCACCAUGUAUUGCUUUUGGAGGUUUGUUAGAGGAAAAGACCGGGGGCUUGAUGGGAGUCAGUGAGACCAUGGUAAGCACGGCUGUUGCUGGCAUGAUCUUCAGCCUCCUGUGUGGCCAGCCUCUCAUGCUCAUAGGUGCCACUGGUCCAGUCCUGGUCUUUGAACAGUCCCUCUACAGUUUUGCUUCUUCCAAUGGCAUAGAAUUUCUGCCCAUGAGAGUGUGGAUAGGCUUGUGGGUUGCUGUCAUCUCUACCAUCACUGUGGCUGCAGAAGGGAGCUUUCUCAUCCGUUAUGUCACACGAUUUACAGAGGAGAUCUUUGCCAUUCUUAUUUCCAUCAUCUUCAUUUAUGAAGUGGUCAAGAAGCUUGUUUAUACAUUUGAACAUCAUCCAUUGGCCCAAAGCUACAACUGCUCUUACUUCAACCAGUCUAUCUUGAAUGACACACAGCUCACCCUUGGUGACAGGCGGAAUUUGUCUGUGUCAGAUUAUGCAUAUAAUGACACAAUGUUCAGGGACUUUCCAAAACACAGUCAUGAUGAAAUGUUACCACAGCCAAACACAGCACUGCUGUCUCUCAUCCUCACCCUGGGUACCUUCCUGAUCGCUUACUUCCUUCGCAUUUUUCGCAACAGCAAGUUUCUUGGUCGCAGCGUGCGAAGAGCAUUGGGUGACUUUGGGGUCCUCAUAGCACUGUUGUGCAUGUCACUGCUGGACUACCUCAUCAAGGACACCUAUACACAGAAACUGGCAGUGCCCAGCUCCAUCACCCCAACACUACCUCAGGAGCGCAGCUGGUUCAUCAACCCGAUGGGCAUGAGGAAGCAAAUAGAAGUCUGGGUUGUCUUUGCUACCAUUAUCCCAGCCUUCCUCAUCUUCAUUUUGCUUUUCAUGGAAGUGCAGAUCACAGAGAUGAUCUUGAGCAAGAAGGAACGAAAGCUAAAGAAAGGCUCAGGCUAUCACUUGGAUCAAUUCAUCAUGGGUCUGCUCACCUUUGCAUGUGCCCUUUUUGGCCUGCCCUGGAUGUGUGCUGCCACUGUGCGCACCAUGGCACAUGUUUCGGCUCUCAGCUCGUACAGCAGAACACAUGCCCCUGGAGAAAAGCCCCAUCUGCUGGGUGUGAAGGAGCAGCGUUUCACCAAUUUUGCUGUUCACCUUUUUAUAGGUCUGUCACUACUAAUGGGACCAGUGCUGCGAGCUAUUCCAGUCAUGGCUCUAUUUGGCGUCUUUCUAUACCUGGGUGUGUCAGCCAUGAGUGGUGUUCAGAUGUUUGAGCGUAUCAAGCUGUUACUGAUGCCUGUCAAGUAUCAUCCCUCUGUGGGCUAUGUGAGAAGGGUGCGAGUGACCAAAAUGCACCUGUUCACGAUCAUCCAGCUUGUAUUCUUAGUGGUUCUUCUCAUCAUCAAGUCCACGCAGGCUGCCCUUGCCUUCCCCUUUGCACUCAUCCUUCUGAUUCCUGUUCGCCUCAAAGUCAUCAACAGGUUUUUUACAGAGAAAGAGCUGCAUGAGCUGGACAAAGAAGAAGAAGACUCUGAAAUGGAGGACGAGGAUGAACCUGACUUCUACCAAAUGGCCCACAUGCCUAUCUAGGCUGCCAUGUCCACCCUGCUUCUUGUCAGACUGCUGGUUUCAUGUGGAGACUUGUCACCUUUGCUCGUCACAUCACUUCUCAGCAUGGCCAUGACAGGCUGAGAUUCUUUGUCUCCACUAUGUGGAGUUUUGAGGACCUGGCUGUAGUUUUUUUUUUAAUGCAUGCAUCUAUUUACAGUGUUUGUGAAGAUACUUCAUAUGAAGGGCAUUGUUAUGAAAGGAGGGUGCCACUUGCUUCUGCUGCAUGUUUUAGCCAUGUGAGGCUUUACUAUUUCACUCCUCUCAUCCUGUUUUUAAAAAUCUUUGUGCAAACAAAAGUGCAUACCAGUGACCAUGAGGAGCAAAUGGUGAUGGCGUGGGGUAUGCAAGCUUAAGCACCUGUGAGGUGGCCGGUGAAACUGUUUCUCGGGUGACCCUUCAGAUAGGGUGCUGCAUUUGCAACAUUCUUCCUGAAUAAACUGUUGGAAGUGAAACACAUAUUUGUGAUAAUUGUACGCUGACCAGAUUUGGGUUCAAGAACUGUGGUGGAGCAUGCAUCCAGUUUAGUUGGCAGCUGGACACCUGUUCGCUGAGAAAUGCAUGGACCACGAGCAUUUGUGAGGGGAAAGUGUUUAAUUUUAAAGGGGGUGGGGUGCUUUUAGAAGCUUCACCAAAUGCAAUGUAGUCUGAACUUUGGUAGCCUAUUAUUUAGGCAAACAUUUUACUUCUUUCAUCUGUCACCAUGUUGCAAGUUUCAGUUCAACAAACUUAGCUUUGCUGAACUAACUGCACGUCUAGGUGCAUGAAAAUCUUACAAAAACUUAUGGUCAUGCUAAGAUGACUGCAGAAAACAAAACUGAAUUUUUAAAGAUUUUUUUAUGACUAAAGCUGAAAAUGGGCCAGCUAAUAACUUCAUCAAAAGUAAGUAAGAGGCACUUGAGGGCUUAUUGUAAGAAAGGUAUAAAUGUGAUUGAUAAACAGAUAUCCUAUGUGAUCAUCUGCUGUUGCAUGUGGGCUUAGCUACAAACAAGACAGUACUGCAGAAGACAUUUGUGACGAAUGUAAAUUUUCUGGAAAGAAAAAAAAGAACACUGCUGAAACUUUAUAGAGCUAAUAGAUAUGAACAUAAGACUUGUAUGAAGACAGGGAGACAUUGUGAGGCCCUCACUGGCUUUAAUGUCUCCCUGUCUUUAGAGGGAAAGAAAUAAAAGGGCCUCAGCAAAGCUGUGAUGCAAUGGGGAGCAACAAGAUUUGCAGAUAAAACUUGCUGGUGGCGGUUGACAGGAGAAAUAACUAAUGAUAUCUCUCUAAUCAAUAUCAACCAUCCUUGAUACUUGUCAAGAACCUAAGCAAGCUCUUGAUGUGGUGAAUUUUGUACAGUUAAGAAUCCAAGCAGCCCCAAACUGAAAGCUCAUCUUCACUGCAUCCAGAUACUAAUUUGUGUAACUCGGUAUUUGAAUGGCAAACCUGGAUCUGCCUAUAAAUAGCAGAGAAGCUGGCUGUGUAAUCCAUGUUUAGAUGAAAACACUGAGGGGACGUGGUGACUACUUCACCUCAUGUUUUCUGGAUCUCAUAUCUGAGACAUGCUAGGAUUUUGGUUUGUUUCUUCAAGACUUGUGAAGCAGAUGUUUUUGGUAACAUAGCAAAGAGCCUCUCUGAAAGUGUGUAUAUUAUGUUAUGAAGCAGAGUGAUGCAUGAGACUAAUUUGAGAGAGCAAGCUUGAUGUUAGACUUAAACCUAUUUACUGAAGGACUAGAUGUGCCAGCUGUUUUCUUGCAAGCAUUAAAGACAACAGUUUUGUCUGGAUCAUGCACCUGUGUUCAUUCAUAUUAACCAUUACAGUGGCUUGGAUGCUGAUCACAGAACAAGUUGUUUUGGAUUUGACUGCUUGGUCUUCUUGGAAACGAAGAAAGUUUGUGAACACAUGCAAAAAAAAAAAAAAAAAAAAAAAAAGACUGAGAGCAAUUUUGGACUCAGUAUCCAGAAUGAACACCUCAAGGGCAAUAUAUAAUAUAUAUAUAUAUUUUUUGCUUCAGUGACAUUUUGACCAGAGAAGCAGUGCAGUGACAUGGGAUGAGGUGUGAAUGUUGAUUGGGUGGGGGGAAGGAAUGGAAUAUAGCAUGUUGAAUAUACGAAAGGGAUUUGAUUGGUUGACAUGUCAAAACACUUACUUUCAGCAGGACAACUGAUGAAGAGUUGACGGUGAUGAGCACACGUCAAGAGAAAAUUGCAAGAACGAAGUGUGGAAAAUGUUUUGAUGCAUGUUUUUUUGCAAUUCUUCUUACAAACUUAUGAGUAUGGUUGUGUAGGAAACAUACGUUCUGAUGUACUGGAAGAUGAUGUACAGACAGAAGAAAAAAAGAACGGAGGGGGGAAAGAUCCAUGUGCAUAAUUGUUUCAAAAUACUGUAAUUAGUUUUGUGCUUAUUUAUCAAGUAUUUGGAUCUGCCAAAAUAUAUUUUUGAAAAGUGAAGUAUGCAUAUGAAAAUAAUGUAUUUGAAGAAAUUGAUUGUAAAGUCAUUCCACAGUAGUACAAUUCCUUGCAUGCCUACAUGUGAGAGUGUGUGUUGUACAUGAGAGAGUGAGCAAGUCAUUACCACUUAAAAAAAAAAAAAUUAAGCGAUGAGCUGUCUCCUUAAGUUUUUAAAAUGAAAGACCAUAAAUUUAAUAUAUCAUAAAAAUUUCUUGUCAGACACCUCUUUGAAGAGAUUUUCAUGAUUUCCAUGUUUCUUUCCCACCUCCUUCAUUAUUAAUCUCAUGAGUACACCCAUCGUUGGUGACCCAGAAAAUCCCAGAUGUGGUUGAUUAGAGCUCAGAGUUUGAGCAGAUGCUUCAGAAGUUCCAUCCAUCUGAGCUCUUGUUCCAUGUUGCAAAGGGUCUUCAGCUUAAAAACAUGUAGGGGAGAAAAAGAAUGGUAGCCUUCCAUUUGCCUUUUAUAUACAUUAUCUUGUAUCGCUGUUAGCAUUAUCAAGCUGCUGAGUGUUUCCAAGAUUUUCAUUCAUGUUUCUUCUUGAAGAUAAAAUUAUUUGCUUGUAUUAACUGUGCACUGUGCUGUGACUUGAAAGUUGGGAAAGUUUUCAUUAGCCUGGGACUUGUCUCAUGUUGUUACAUGAAAUCUAAGCUUUGUAAUUUUGUUCCAAACCUGAUGACAGAAAGUCACUGUCUUCCAGCACCCACCCACAUACCCACCCACAUGGAUUUCUAUAUACUGCCUCCUCUGUACAGGGUGUGUUUUAUGUGUUACACUUAGUUCAUGUUCACAAAAUGCUUCAGCUGCACACUACAACUGUAACUAUGUCUUAAGCAGAAUUUUAUCUUUGUUUAUUUUCUUUUUCCCAAGUGUUGAUUUUACUUUCUAAUUUGUUAAACACAAACUGUGUGAUGUUUGGGCCAAAGUCACUAUAUUUUUGGGUAACACUCUUUUAAAAGUCUGUGAGGAGUUUUAUUUUCAAAGGUUGGCUGUGUAAUAUGCCUUACGAUGUAAAUACUUGUACAGGAAACCAGAGAAAAUGAGUUUCCAAAGCUUUAAAUGGCAGAACACAUGAAGACGGCUGUGUCAUGAUUGAGGAUGUUAAUGCUAAGCUAUGUGCCAUAUCAUACUGGUUGUCUGGCUGGUUUGGAAGAGGGAGGAGCAUAAAAGACAUUCACUUUGUCGCACCUUGACUCUUGGUACGAUUUUCUGGCAUAGCUUUCUGUUUUAAUAUCUGAAAAUUUUUAGAUUAGGUUUUUUUUGAUGUAUUCAUAUCACUACCAAACAUACGCAGCUUGAAGUUUUUAACCUGACUGUAAAGCAACUGAGGGAGGGGCCAUGGAAGUGAUUUUGCUGUUUUCAUACCCACAGGUGUCUGGUGAUCCAUAAGAGACCUUGUCAUGAUAUAGACAGUCCUAGAGAUAUAAACGUUUUGCUGUUUUUUCAGGAGUUAAAAUUUUGUAUCUGUAAGUGGAAAUUUUUAAAUAUCAGGUUUUAGUUGAAGAAUUCUGGCAUUUGUUGUUACCAUUUCUGUUGCAUGAGUGAACUAAGUAAUAAAAGAUUUUCUUCAAGAUAGAAAUACACCAAAAACCAGUCGGAGAUUGAUUUCAACCCUUUUCCUUCUUUUAUCCCCUUUGUUCUGUACCCAUCUCAGUCUCUCUUUCCUUGCAUCAUUCUGAUUUUACAGUGUGUGCUUAUUAGUUACCUUGUUAGUAACAGUUUAUUUUUUUUAAAUGGUCGAUAAUGAUAAAACAUCUUGUCUCACUAAAAUUUAUUGUUAAUAUAUGUUCUGUCAGCACUGUGUUCUGAUGUUUACAUGCACCCAUCCACACAUGCAUACAAAUUUGGACACAAUAGACUGUGGAAAACAUGUUUGGACAUGUUAGACUGACAAAUAGAAUUGAAGGGAUUUUCAAUCAUCACAGUUUUGCUUUUUUUUUCCUGCCUUUUACAGUUAGUAUGAUGUACAUUAUAGUGGCAUAUUUGUCAUAUCGUUGAGUUUUGUAAGGUGUUUGGCUGGCAUGCUGGUCAAGUCUUAGUGUUUGUAAGGUGCAUCAUUGGAAUAUAAGUCAUGUCCUUAAGUUUAGGGAGGUACAUCACUGGAGGUGAUGGUGCCACAACAGGACUACCUCAAUCAGCUGUUGUCCCAGACCUUAUGGGUUAAUGUGCCAUUGCAAAGAGAUUAGAAAUUUUCAUUGUGAAUGUACAUUUUCAGCAAAACAGCAAUCUGGUUCACAUACCACACUCUGCAAAAUGCCCGUGAUGUUCAGUUUAUAAUGUUAUAGUGCGUAUGCAAAUGCUCUUUCCCUUAAAAUCUCAGUAAAACUGGCAUUGAAAAUGGCAAACAUGUUGCACAGAAACCUUGUUACUUGUCUUCCUGGUCUGUUGCCAUGUCUAUCUUUGUGGUGUCUGUUACUUCAAUCAUUUCUAUUCUUGUACCAAUGUUCUGUCUGUUUUCAUGCCUCCUUAUUCUGUUGUAUUUGUUGAGAGGUAAGCUCUUCUGAUGGUUAACGUGAAGCAAUCAGCUUGAGUAUAUAAAUAUGAGCUGUGAGCAUAUAGCUGUGGUGCCUGGUCUCUUUUUGGGAGAACAUUGGCAAGGGUUUUUUUUUUUCUUUUUCUUUUUUAAAAUAGAUGUUGGCACUAUUUUUUGCUUUACAGUAUUAGUUAAGAAAUGGCUUUAUGGCCAGUACAAAUAGGUUUCUGGAAGAAAAAAAAGUGAGUCAGCAACACAAGCUGGAGCAUUCUCCCAUUUAACUAAUCUUUCCACAAGCUCUUAUUUGAUUGGUGGGUGUCAUGCAUCCGCUCAUGUUUGGUGUUCUAGUGUUCUAGUCUGGUGUGUGCAUUUUCCCAACUCCUUUUCUGCCUAAUUUAAUCUUUCAGAUUAUUUCACAAAUUUGAGUUUCAGAGGACUAUUUCUUUUAAGAGUCAACUUUUAAGUGGUAGCGAUGUUUUCAUUGGUUUUUCUCAUUUUGCAAUGUCUUCAAAACGCUGGAUGAGGCCUGCUGAAGUUUUCGCAGUUUAUGGUCUCUUCGUGUCCAAAUAAUUAAACAGAUAAGUAGAUUAAGCUCAGUCUUUUGUGUCUUAUUCUCUUUUUUUUCUAACUUGUUUUGUGUUUUCCUGGUGGAGGAUUCCUGCUAUAUACUGGAAGAAAGGCCAGUGAGGUUUUUAAACAUACACGGAAUAUGUCUGAUAAAACUUGUCUCCUGCUGCAGUGUUCUUUUGUACAUCUAAAGUCAUAACCAAAAAGGUUUUAAUGAACAUCUCCCUCAAUUACACACAUGCAUACACAUCUACAAAUUCUUUCAUACACACCUGCACAGACACAUAAAUAUGUUUAGAUUUUUUAAAACUUAAAACGAUGCAUUGGAUGGAAUGCAUUCACACAACAAAAAAGCAAAAUCUUUUCCUCAUAUCCAGUUGAGUAGAAUUUUCUAGAACCUUUGAGCAGGAUUAGUUUUCUUGGUACUUAUAAAAGAAUUCCUCUUGUGAUUUUACAAGCCUUAGCAGGUAAAUAAUAUGGCAGAAGCAGAUACUCCAGACCUGGGGACAGUGCAGCUAGCUUGCCCAAUAAACAAUACCACCACGAGUCUUUUGUAAUUUCACUUGUUUUUUCUCUUUUUGCUGUGAAAUAUGUGAAGCCUCAGGUUUCGGAAGUAUUUCUGUGAAAUUUUGUGAUCUGAAGUCUUUUCAUAUCAUGAACAGGACAGCAUGUGUCACCACUGGCCAUUUGUGCAUGCAUAUAAGCUUUUGUUAGAGAAGGGAUUUUCUCUUCAGCUAAACCUGCCCAUUAUAUUUUAAGUCUUUCUUAAAGAGUUGUCAGAUAUUUACACAUAUUUAAAUGGUCUUUAAAGUUGCUGGCCAACACCUUUGAUCAGAAAAUCUGCUAAAUAAUAUCACACGAGUAGUGCAUGGUCCUUGCUGUUGGAAAUCUUGUCAAGUGGCACUACAGCAUUUGCACUAAGAAUAUUGCCAUAUGUUCAUGUUUGCAGUGAAGAUUACAUAUGGUUUCGUAAAAAUAAAUGUGCAGCUCUUAUCCAGGACAUAUUUGUGUUUAUAUUUGAAAAAGCACAGCUGUUUAGUGCUCCUUAAUUCACAUUCAGCACCUAUCAAGCUUAAUUUUUACAAUCUCAGCAAAAGCUGAAUCCAUUUUUCUAAUUUGGCCUCUGCUGUAGGGUCCAAACAUAAACCAUCAUACAUCUCAGGAAAAAGGUUUAGUGGUGGUAUCAUCUACAAUAACAAACUGCAACAUUUCUGUGAAUGUACUUACAUUUUUAGGUUUUCUUUUAUGUUUGAGUUUGGAUAAUGAUGCCUAAAUCAAGCUGCACUCAGUGCUGUGGAAUCUUUGACCAGUUUUCUUUGCUUUUGUACAGUCCACUCCUUCACCUAUAUGUUUAGUCAAAAACAAUGAAUUACAGAUCUUUGUCAAGAGUGAAAACAACUAAUCUUAUUUAUGCACAAAAUUAAUUUGACUAGUGUCAUCUGAAAGCUAAUAGUGAGGAGAAGAAAUAUUUAUUUAACGAAAAUUUGGUGGCAGUAUCCUGAUGUAAACAUCUAAGAUUCACUAUACUUUGUCUUUUAUGGUCUCUGUAGCUUUGAAAGCUAACUCUGUAAUAGGUCUUCUUAGAGUGGUAUCCCUUUGUUAACUGGUGAGCAUUAGGGUUCCUGUUUGUCAGUUGCCAAAACCAUAAAUGGUUCCAUGUAGGUUAUCCUUAAUUUAAAUAUAAGAAUAAUGCUUGUCACUUCUGUGCUACCUACUGUGCAAAAAGCACAUAACGUGUCUAAAGACCCUUAACCAAACAAAGUUUUGGCCAGCCUUUAACCAUGUGUAAACUUUGCCCAGUUGGUCACACUGGUGUCCAUAUUUGUCCAGUUUAGGUAACAUCAAUAAAAUAAUGCCAUUCAGUAUUUUUCAUUUGUCAUGUGGUAGGAGUAAUGACACCCAGUAAAGAACGAGUCCAUUUCAUAACAUGCCAAAAUUCCUCUAGUUAAAAACUGCUGAAGGACAUAUAUUCUUUAUAUCCCAAAUGAUAACCAUCACAUGCAGGAGCUUCUUCUGCAUUCCGAAGAGUGCUUACACAUUUAGUAUCAUUUAUGCUACUAUGAACUCUAGUCAUCUGGGAUGUGACCAUCAUGUAGGAAGUCAGCUGGUAUAUUGUAUAAGCAGGGUACUUGUGCAUCUUACUGAUCUUUGCUUCUACAAUUAACAGAUUUACAAAUCUGUUUAAGACUUCAGUAGCAUUUCUCAUGGCAAUUCUGUGUCAGAGCAUGUGAUUAAAAAACAGUCUUAUCUCUGACAUCUGUGAGCAAUCUUGCAUUUUUUCCCCGCUAACACCACCACUUCUUAAGUAGCUUUUUGGUCGAAAACUUUGUCUGGUCAGUUUUAAAUAUCAUAUAUAACAGGGUAGUUCACUAGUGACCCUUGCAUUGUAAAUAAAUAUUUAUAAGCAAGAACACAUUACAUUAAUUUUUAUAAAGUGUGAAGACAGAAUAGUUAUUAUGGAUAGUAUUUUUAACUACUGUUCAAAUACAGAUGGCAUGAUGCAUCACUUUGAAUAUAUGAUCAGUGACCUUGAAGCACAAAUCACUGCAUGUGUUGUGUUCCUUCAGAAAAUUACCAGAAUUCCAUUUCUCAUAUUUCUGUUGUUGAGUAUUAGCUGCAAAUUUUAUAUUUUUCUUUUACAUGUACACCAAGUGCUUGUUAUAAGGUGGUGUAUUAUUUUUAAAUAAACUUGUUAUAUAGGUCUGUACAUACCACAGACAAGAUGUUUUAAGCCUAGACAAGUUCUUAUUUUUUCUUUUGUAACCCAAGAAGCGAGGUUAAACAUUCACUUUUGUUUUAAUCCGAUACAGUUUUGAGGUAUACUGUGAAACGUGUAUUUGUCACUAAUGCGGGCUUGCCAGUGCUCCCUAAAAUGAGCGGACUUUCUAGCACUGAAGAAUAUGCCUAUCAUUUUUAAUCGCCUAAACAAGUAUAGAACUGUUGGCCAAACUUCAAAAUCCUGACCACACAAUUGAUCUCUCCUGUUUUCUCAUUGGCUUGAAGAACAGCAUGUAUGUUUUCUAAGCGUAUAAAGUGCUUGUUGGACUGUUUGGGAAGGAGGUGGGUAGAAAGAUCAGCUACAAGUUGCAUUGAAAAAGAGACUUUCAAAAUAAGUAUGCAUACUAUUAAGUAAUAGCUCUAGUAUACAAUUGUUAUAGCUACUUUCAAUAUUUUACAUGCUGCUAGGGUAUAGUAGAAUUAAAUGCAUGACAAUUGAUUGUCCCAGGAAAAGAUUUAAAAAAAAAUAAUUUCUGCAAUUUUAUUUUAGAGCUCUCAUCUUUGUUUUGAAUUUUGUAUAUGCUAAAAUAUCUUAACCAGCGACCCCUGUAAUACUUUUAAUGAUUUAUCAAUAUGUAUGGCUUAACAGUCUUAACCAGUGGUUCAUGUAACUCAGUUCAUUGUCAGGGUUAGGGAAUUCAUUCAUCUAAUUUGUGGCAGGGGGUUGCUUCCUGCACGAUACAACGCCAUAAUUUUGCUGAAGAGUGGAGAUUGAUCCCGCAGGUUGGCUGUGCAAGGGCUGUGAUGCUGGUGAAAACGAAUGUUUUUUAAGCCUUGUGGGUUAUGCUGCAAGAUAUUGAAUGCAUGCUUAAAAUGCUUGAUGGUGCAGAUCUGUUCUAGUUACAACUGCAUGGAUGUCACAUUAAAUGGCAAUUUUCAAUGUUGUCUCAUAGAGUGCUUUCUUGAAAAAAAAAUCCCUUUUGCUGCUGUCUUUAUACAUAGUGUAUUAAAUGACCAAUGUAGACUAGCUUGCCAAUAAAUCAGCAUAGUUAUUUUGUC